UCUAAACAGUUUGGCUGCAUCGCAACAACUAAAAAAAAAACAUUUAUAAGUGUGUCCUGGUGCUAUUGUCUCAGUAUGGAUCACCUUAAACAAAAAAUAUCGGAACCUUUGUCGCUGGAUCUUAAGAAGGAUCUGUCCCCAAAAAUGAAUCAGUUCCAGGUAGGAACAGUCGUUUUAUACGGGGUGCCAAUUGUAUCACUGGUAAUCGAGAAUCAGGAAAGAUUAUGUCUGGCUCAAAUUUCCAACACACUUCUAAAACAGUACAGCUACAAUGAAAUACACAACAGGAGGGUUGCACUUGGAAUAACGUGCGUUCAGUGUACGCCGGUGCAGCUGGAGAUAUUGCGACGGGCGGGUGCAAUGCCGGUUUCGUCCAGAAGAUGCGGCAUGAUCACGAGAAGGGAGGCGGAACGUCUCUGCAAAAGCUUCAUCGGCGACAACGCCCCGCCACGUCUGCCGGACGAUUUCGCUUUCGCCGUGCACCACGAAUGCGCCUGGGGAUGCUCCGGAUCGUUCCUGCCGUCGAGAUACAACUCCUCGAGGGCAAAAUGCAUAAAGUGUACAGUGUGUGGUUUGUUUUUCUCCCCAAACAAGUUCAUAUUUCACUCGCACCGCUUGAGUCCCAACGACAAGUACGUGCAACCGGACGCCGCCAAUUUCAACUCCUGGCGGAGGCACAUGAAGCUGUCGGGCAGUCCGCACGACGAGAUCGUCCACGCCUGGGAAGACGUGAAGGCCAUGUUCAACGGUGGCACCAGGAAGAGGUUGUUGACCAACAACAUCCUUCCUCGCGCCUCCAAACAAACCAAAAUCGAGUCCCAGUCUCCGCCGAUCAUACCGUCGCCCAGGAUCCCGAAUUGUCAGGACAUAGCCUUGCCCAUUUCGAGGGUCGCGAUGGAUUUUAUCUAUCACAAGCCGUUGGCGUUCUCUCCAUACUCCACGUUUCCGUGGUUGAAGAGGGGGCCGAUCAUAUUCCCGCAGGAGAAUCACUACUUUUCGAUCGACAAGACGUACCAGUCGGCUUUCAAGCCGGUACAGCCGAUCGUAGACAGGAGUGUCGUACAGCAGGAUCAGGAUAGUGAUGACGAGGUUGACAUCGAGACUACUGAUGAUAACACGAGUCCCCUGCACUGGGAUCUCAAAGAGGAAAAGGACUUUAAAGUGACAUCAAUAUAAGCAAUCAACUAUAUUAAAUAGUAACAACGAAUAAU